CUCACCAUGAAGCUAGCACUGGUGAUAUUACUAUGUGUAGGCGCUACCCUAAGGGUGGCGGCACAGGAUGGCUCCUAUAUGUUGGAUUCACGAGGCGUGGAGGUGGAGCAGGGACUCCAGCCUUCAUCAGAACUCCUCCGGAACCACCAAGCCUUCUCCCAAGGCUUCAAAGAACGUUCUGAAGAGAUGGCCCUGCAAUACAGUCUUGGCCAAGUCGAAUACAAUGAUCCAAAUCCGGAGUACGCUUGGGCUUACGAGGUCGACGCCAAAUCAACUGGGGACAUGAAGUCUGCUCGAGAGGAACGACGAGGUGACGUGGUCGUGGGUCAGUACUCGGUCAUGGACCCCGACGGCUCUCUGCGUGUGGUCGACUACUCGGUGGCUCCCGGCACAGGCUUCCAGGCCACCGUCCGCAAGGAGUACACAGGCGAGGCUUUCCAGGGACAGGAGCAGAGACUGCAGGCUCAGACCAGGCAGUACAGUGCUAUCCAACAGGGAAGCAACUACCAACAGAACCGCAACCAGUACCAACAGAAUCGUGGCCAAUACUCACAGAACUACGAUGUAAACCGACAGAAUCGUAACCAGUACCAAUACUCACAAAAUCGCAACCAGAACUUGGAAAACAUCCAAUAUUCUCAGAACCGCAAUCAAUAUCAACAGAACCGCAAUCAAUAUCAGAGAAACCGCAACCAAUAUUCUCAGUACAGCAAUGAUUACCAACAGAACCGCUAUCAGAACCAGCAGAACUACAAUGAGUACCAGCUGAAACCCAUUCAGUAUUCUCAGAAUCUUAACGAGUACCAACAGGACCGCACUCAGAAUCAGCAGAACCGUUACCAAUUUUCGCAGAACCGUAACCGGUAUCAGCAGAAUCGCAAUAAGUACUCCCAGAAUUUUAAUGUAUACCAGAACCGCAACCAGUACCAGCAAAACAGCGACCAGUCUUACCAGAACCGCAACCAGUACCAUCAGAACCGCGAUCAGUCCUACGAGAACCGCAACCAGUUCCAGCAGAAUCUUAACCAGUACCAGCAGAACCGUGAUCAGUCCUACCAGAACCGCGAUCAGUCCUAUCAGAACCGCGACCAGUCUUACCAGAACCAGUACCAACAGAACCGCAAUCAGUACCAACAGAACCGCUACCAGUACCAGCAGAACCGCGAUCAAAGCCUUUCCAGUCGCAACAACAAUAUCAGGUACAACUUCCAGCAUUAUGGAACCAACCGCAUCAAUCAGAACCUGAACCGCCCUUCCCCAAGUCUCUACAGCCAGAACCAAAACUACCUGGCCCGUUAUGGAUCCGGUCCUCAGAACCAGUACAACAACCGCUUCUACAACCAGUACAACACCCAACUGAAAGGGAAUCAGCAGAACCAAGGUUACUCUCCAAUCAGCGUGGUUCUCGCGUCCUCAAGGAACUAACACGCGAACCAAAUUGUCAGCGGACUUCCUAGACCACGAAAUGUAAAAGGCGUCCAGAAUGGUUCAAAAUUUAAAAAUGGUUCUCUCGGUGUUGGGCACAAUACUCUGGACUUCUUGCAAAAUAAAUAACUUUUUUAUAA